UUAUUAGUUCUCAUUACAUUUAUAAAAUACCUCGCACAUUUGUGAUUGACAUUGUCUUUCGCACUUUACAUCGCGCAUAUCGUCUUACAACAUGAUGCAAGCAUACGUGACCGUGAUCGUUCUUCUCAGCUUUUCAAGUUGUAUAUUUCACUCCUAUGGACAGGAUAUUAUUUUCCCUGGAGAAACUGAAAGACCUCUACGAUAUCCUAUGAAUCCAAUCAAGCCAAAUAACCCGAACAGUAAAAAUAAUUCAAAUAACUCAAACAAUUCAAACAAUCAAAAUAAUCCAAACAAUUCUAAUAAACCAAACAACCCAAACAAUACAAACAAUUCAAAUAAUUCUAAUAUUUCAAACAAUCAAAAUAAUUCAAAUAAUCUAAACAAUCCUAAUAAUCCAAACAACCCAAACAAUUCAAACAAUUCUAAUAAUUCAAACAAUCAAAAUAAUUCAAAUAAUUCAAACAAUUCAAAUAAUUCCAAUAAUUUAAACAAUCAAAAUAAUCUAAACAAUCCAAACAGCCCAAACAAUCAAAACAAUCCAAAUAAUCCAAAGGGUAAUAUGGUUGAAGAAGAAUAUAUAAAAUGUAUCAAUAAUUGCCAAUUCACCUCGGAAUAUAAUCCAGCGUGCGGAUCUGAUAAUAUCGUUUAUCAAAAUAUUGGAGCUUUAAAUUGUGCAGUAUCCUGUGGCAAUCCUAUUCAAAAAGUCGGUCUUGGUCUAUGUAUUACCACGACUCUCACUCCUACAACUGUAACAACAGACAGUCAAACUAGCCAAACUGGACAAAUCACUCAAGAACAAUACAUUAACUGUAUCGAUAAUUGCCAAUUCACCUUGGAAUAUAAUCCAGUAUGCGGAUCUGAUAGUGUCACUUACCAAAACGUUGGAGCUUUAAAUUGUGCAAUAAGUUGUGGAAAUCCUAUUCAAAAUUUAGGUCGUGCUCCAUGUACUACUACAACUCCCAUUCCUGUAACUCAACCAAUAAACAGUCAAACUACUGAAAAUGGACGAAUCACUCAAGAACAAUACAAUAACUGUGUCGAUAAUUGCGAACUUACCUCAGAAUCUAAUCCGGUGUGCGGAUCUGAUGGUGUUACUUACAAAAAUAUUGGAGCUAUAAAUUGUGCGAUAAACUGUGGAAAUCGUAAGUCAUUUUAUAAAAUAAUAUGUAUUUUAUAUUCAGCUAGUAAUGUAUUUUUUUUUUCUUCGCACAGCUAUUCAAAAUUUAGGACGUGCUCCAUGCAACCAAUAUUCCAGUACUAUAAGAUCGAGUGGUUAAGUUUUUUCUUAUUAUUUAAAGAUGACAUUUACUGAAAAAUGUAAAUUUUUGUAAAGAAAUCU